GAAGCCGCAGAGCCCGGCAUUGCCAUCCUCCUCCUGCUGCUGCUACUGUGUGUGGACGGUCCGCGCAGAGACACUCCGAGCCGAGAUGAAGGAUCGUACCCAGGAGCUGCGGGCUGCAAAGGACAGCGAUGAUGAUGAUGAAGUCAGUGUUAACGUGGACAGAGACCACUUCAUGGAUGAGUUCUUUGAACAGGUUGAAGAAAUCCGAGGCUUCAUAGACAAGAUCUCUGAGAACGUGGAAGAGGUUAAACGAAAACACAGUGCAAUCCUCGCUGCACCAAACCCAGAUGAAAAAACAAAGGAGGAAUUGGAAGAACUGAUGACGGAUAUCAAGAAGACAGCAAAUAAGGUUCGCUCCAAGUUAAAGAGUAUUGAACAGAGCAUAGAACAGGAGGAGGGUCAGAACAGAUCCUCAGCUGACUUAAGAAUACGCAAGACACAGCAUUCUACCCUGUCCCGUAAAUUUGUAGAGGUGAUGUCUGAGUACAAUGGUACACAGACUGAUUACAGGGAGCGUUGCAAAGGACGAAUCCAGCGACAACUCGAAAUCACUGGCAGAACGACUACAAAUGAGGAGCUUGAAGACAUGCUGGAGAGUGGGAAUCCUGCUAUCUUCACAUCUGGGAUCAUAAUGGACUCGAACAUAACAAAGCAGGCACUGAAUGAGAUUGAGACACGACACCAUGAGAUCAUCAAACUGGAAAACUGUAUCCGUGAGCUGCACGACAUGUUCAUGGACAUGGCAAUGCUGGUAGAAAGCCAAGGUGAUGUGGUCAAUAGCAUUGAGCAGAACGUCAUCAAUGCAGCAGAUUAUGUCGAGCAGGCAAAGGACAACACGAAAAAAGCAGUUAACUUUCAGGGUACAAGCAGACGGCACUCUUGUGAAACGGAGAGACGGCAAGCCAUCAUUACUGGGCAUUUCCAUUUUGUUUUGUCAAACAUCUACCAUUUACCACGGGGUGAUGUUCGUAGCCACCAAGACCAUUUACUCAGAUUUCAGUUCCACCCUUCAGUCUGGACUUUUUGUUUUGGCAUCACUGUAAGCUGAAGAACAACAUCAGGACUCGUGCUGCAGUUUCUCCUCUAUUGUUUAUUGGUUAUUCUUCAAUCUCAUUUGAGAAACAUUAUCAGAAUGAACUCCGCCUUAACAGGCCACGGUUUCACCACCUUAUUAAUCGACUCUGAAUCCAGCUGACCUUCUGCUGUAAUCAGGUUUUUAUAAUUUAUAAUUGAUCUCUACCUAUCCUUCAUCCUCUUUUUCUCCUCUUUUCCUUUUCCCUUUUUUUGUGGUUUUCCCUCUCAAUUCCCUCUUAGAUUUAUUCCCCGAGUGUAUAAAAUCCACACAAUUUCAGAUAGAGAUACAUAUCCCAAACACUAAGAUAAAAAUGCAUACCAGUACAGAUCGACAUGAUUAAACUGUGAAGAAACUCCAUUGAUGUGAAUAAUACAAACGGAGCUUCCAUUCAUGCUGUUACCCUCCCUUCAGGCAAAAACAAGGCAGGGUAAAAUAAUGCUAUGGGGAAGAACAGGGAAAUGCGAUUAGAACAGCGACCUCCACUUGAAGACUUACAAACACAUUGGGACAGUCGAUCUCCCUGUUUUAAUAUUUUACUUUCCUAGAAAGACAAAAGAGCAAGCCUGUAACUGGAGUCAUAGAGGUCUACAGCUUGGAAACAGGCCCAUUUGCCCAACUUGCUCAUACUGCCCAGCUUUCACAGUUAAAGUAGUCCUAUUUGCCGGAGUUUGGUCCUGAUCCCUCCGUACCUAUCCCAUCCAUAAACCUGUCUAAAUCUUUCUUAAAUGACGAAAAUGUGCUCGCUUCCACCUCUACCUCUGGCAGCCUGUUCCAAACACUCAUCACUCUCUUUGUGAAUAAAAUUGCCCCUUUGGACCUUUUGUAUCUCUCCCCUCUCCCUUUAAACCUAUGCAUUCUAGUUUUAGAUUCCCCUACCGUGGGCAAAAGCUGUUAGCUAUCUACCUUAGCUGUGCCUCUCAUGAUUUUAUAGAUCUCUGUCAGGUAACACCUCAGUCGCUUAGGCUCCAGGGAAAAAGUCCCAGCCUAUACAAACUUAUAACACAAACCUUCUAUUCCAUGUAGCAUCCUAGUAAAUCUUUUCUGCACUCUUUCUUGUUUAAUAACAUCCUUUCUAUAGUAGGAUGUUCAGAACUGCAUGCAGUACUCCAUGGCCUUACCAACAUCUUGUAAGCUGCAGCAGUAUGUCCCAAAUCCUAUUUUCAGUGCUCUGACCAAUGAAAACAAGUAUGUUGAAAGCCUUCCUCACCAACACGUCGACUUGUAACUCCACUUUCAAGCAGAUAUGAAUGUUUGCCUCUAGAUUGUUUUAUUCUAUAAGACUCUCCAGGGCCAUAGAAUUGACUGUUAGUAAGUUCUGCCCUGGUUUGACUCACCAAAAUGUAAUAUCUUAGAUAAAAUUAAACUCCAUUUGCCAUUCCUCAAUCUAUUGGCCCAGUUGAUCAAGAUCUCUUUGAAUUUUAAAGUUAUGAGCCCAUAUUACAAGUCCAUUAACCAGUACAUAUUCCUUACUUACCAAAUCAAAACUCCAUUAGACCACUUCCUAAUUUUCAAUGCUGUAACUAAAACGUUGCUCACUUUUUAUGGUCUCUCCUCAUAACCAAAAUCUCUUGAUCAUAGAAUGGGUCACUUUUCCCUUUGAAAUCUUUGUAAAGUUUGGCACGCAACAGUGGAAAGCAUUUUGUGGUUAGUACAAAUGGAUGGCACUCACCAAUGACCUUAAAGAAAGUUACCUAAAAUGAUUCAGUGGGGUUUGUCAUCUCAAUUUCUCCUAAUCCAAUGCAGCAUUCAAUUUGGCCUCAUCAACAGAGAAUCUUUGGUUUGCUCAAUUCAUGAAAUCACCAAAGAGGCUGAAAAGCCAUCAGGUUGAAAAAUUCUGACUAACAACAGAUGAGGGAAUUAAAAUUCACAAAUUAUAAUUCACCUUUCAUUGAGAGAAAAAUAAAGAUUGGAACUUUCACAUGCAAUUAAAGUAAGAACUCAAAUAUCAACAAUGUUAAU